AAGUAGAAGGCAGUUUAAUGAUAAUAACACUGAUUCCCAUUGAUCUAGAGUGAACCAUUGAUGAACAUUGUCCGAUUCAAACAAUGAUUUCAAGAAUUUUCUUAUGUUUUGUUUUAACCUUAAUCGUCUGUGUUGCUGUUGAAGCUGUCCAAGUUUACAAUUAUAAUGUGACAGUGAAAACUGCUGAUUCGCCAAACUUCAGUAGCCAUAAAGGUAAACUUAAACUCGCUGUUUUCAGUAUUGACCAAUAUGCUAAAUCCCGUGAAGAUUACGUUUUAACUCCAUACAAUGUUAAACUCGCCAAGAGUCACUUUUACACUGCAAGUAUCGCCUCUUUCGCCUCAUUGAAAAACAUGACAUCAGUUUACCUUCGAUGGACUCUGGCUUCUCCAUACAAUCCAUACUAUUUAAUGAAAAAACCAUCAAUCUAUUUUGAGCCAAUUAUUUUCAACUCUACUUAUAUCGAUCCUAAAACACACAUGUUGGUCACUAAAAGCAGAAAAUUUUGUCCGUUAACCACCCCAGUUCAGAUCAAACACGGCAACGGAUCUUCUUUUUACCCUUGUGUCUGAGUCAAUUAUUUCCCCACAGGAAUAUCAUGGAAAAUCAAUGAUUAUAUUCUCAACUAUUGAACUAUCAAACUCUCCAAUUAGAAACUUAAAGAUGCAUUCAUUGAAGAGAGUUUAUCGAUUAUUAUUCUUGUGCAUCUAACGAACUGCACAGCAAACAUAAACAAGUUACACAAAACUCCGCAUAUUAAAUAAAUACAAAGCAAAUUUCAACACUAUCAUUGAUAAGUAAAUCUAAUAAAUGAAUAUAAAUUAUAUAAA